AUGGUAAGAGUAUUUUGGUUAAGAUUACUGGUUGAAUUACUUUUCUCUAACAUCCCAUCCUUUAGUCAGUAUCCUCGUCUUCAUCGCAGAGAAAGGAGUUUCUUUUCAAGAUAAUUGUGGUUGGAGACGUGAGUACGGGUAAAACUUCGUUGAUCCAGAGAUUUGUAAGGAAUGCCAUAACUCAACAGUACAAGCCGACGGUAAGUAUGGAGGGAUAAAAUGAUGUCAUUGCUGGUAACUUUUUUGUUAUUUUGUGCUGAUUUUAGAUUGGAGUUGAUUUCGCCACAAAAUUGGUCAGAUACGAGGAUACGUUGGUCAGAUUACAAUUCUGGGACACAGCAGGCAUGUUUUUUUGA